UUUUUUUAUCUUUUUGUCAAUUUCUUCUCUAAAAACAAUCAAAUCGUUGGAGAUAUUAGGCAAAAGCUACAUCCUCUGAAGGUCUGUGCUGUACCACUAAUCACCAGCUAGUGUCAGUAAAGCACCAAGAAAUACAUGUAUGCCAGUGUUCCAGCAGAGUGUGUGACUGACAAACAGAAUAGUUGAUCUAAAGCCGUACUUUGUCUCCAGAUGUAGCUCAGCACUAAAGUUGAGUGUAUUUUUUGACUCUUUUCCGUGUGUGUGUGCAGAUGGUGUACCACAGCCUGCAGCUGCUGGCCUUCGCCGUCCUGGCCGUCCUCAUCAUGCGUCUGAAGCUCUUCCUCACGCCACACAUGUGCAUCAUGGCCUCGCUCAUCUGCUCCAAACAGUUGUUUGGCUGGGUCGGGGACAGGUUUAAACACCAUGUGGCGGUGUUUGCGGUCAUGGCCAUCAUGGCGGUGCAGGGCGUGGCCAACAUGCAGGCGCAGUGGGCGAUCAUCGGAGAGUUCAGCAACAUGCCUCAGGAAGAGCUGCUGGACUGGAUCCAGGAAAACACCCCGUCUGAUUCUGUGUUUGCCGGAGCCAUGCCCACCAUGGCCAGCGUGAAGCUCUCCACAGGGCGGCCCAUCGUCAACCACCCCCACUACGAAGACACUGGUCUGAG